AUGGAGUGUGUUAUAUAUGUGCUGCUAAUUUUCUCAUCAUCACUUGUUUUAUCCAUAGGAGAGGGGAGUAAGAUUCCGAGACUUGGAGCUUUGAGAAGUAAGAAAUUAACAUCAAUUUCUUCGGAAAGUGUUGCAAAAUUUUAUUACUCUCAGACACUUGAUCAUUUCAAUCACAGACCAGAAAGUCAUACAAUUUUUUGCCAAAGAUAUGUUAUGGAUUUUAAUUAUUGGGCUGGUGCCAAUUCUACUGCUCCAAUUUUCGCUUAUCUUGGUGCUGAGGAGGCUCUUGAUGAUGCUUUAUCCAUUGGAUUUCCACGAGAUAAUGCCCCCCGUUUUAAAGCCCUCAUCGUAUACUUAGAGCAUCGCUACUAUGGAAAGUCAAUGCCAUUUGGAUCCGGAAAAGAUGCAUUGAGGAAUGCUAGUACUCUCGGUUAUUUGAGUUCAGCCCAAGCUAUUGCUGAUUAUGCUGCUAUUCUCUUACAUAUUAAGAAGAAGUUAUCUGCCCACGAUUCUCCAAUAAUCGUCAUCGGUGGCUCAUACGGAGGAAGUAAGUACUUAUCUGAACUUGUCGAAAUUCUCUUCGUACUAUCAUAUUAA